AUGAGUCACAGCGACGCCGCCCCGCCGGAUGCAUUCCUUUCAGUGACCGUCGUACACAUCGACUACAUCCACCAACGACCCAUCCAUCCACUCGAUCUGACAACCACAACCACGCGCGUCGGCGGCCAACCCAUCUGUCGGGUGCCUGUGGUGAGAGUCUUCGGCAACACUCUCUACGGGCAGCAAGUCUGCGUCCACGUCCACGGGGUGAGGCAACGGAGAGAAAAAGCACUGCGGGAGAGAGAAGAAGUCGCUGGCAUGGUCGGUGCGCGUGUGAGCUGUGUGUGUGCAGUAUCUUCCUUUCUUCUACGUGCCCUUGCCGGAUGAGGCAGCAGACCAAGGUGGGCACUGCACCACAACCACUGGCGUGCAUUACACGACACACCUGAUGCAUGUAUGUGCUCUCUUCUUCCCUCAGAGGAGCAAUUUCUGAAGGCCUUCUCUGAGGCCCUGGAGCGAGCAGCGCAGCACGAUGCGUCGACCGCUGCGUCGGGUCCUUUCAUCUACGACAUCUUGGUGGUGCGCAAGGUGGGCAUCUACGGCUACCAAAUGCGGGCGCAGAAGUUCGUCAAGGUGGUGCUGCUGAGCCCUCGCCAUGUGGUGUGGCUGGCGGCCAUCCUGGAGAGGGGCGACGUCCUCUCAAUCAGAUUCCAGCCAUACGAGGUACGCGAGCUGACACACACGAGAAGAUGGCACCUGUCGUGUGGGGAGUCAUUGUCCGUCGGCCGUUCGUCUGCAGGUGCACAUCCCCUACCUACUCCACUUCCUGGCUGACAACAAUCUGCGUGGAAUGGACCGCAUGCACCUCUCGGCCACUGACAUUCUCUUCCGCAAGCCCCUCCCCGACAUAGCCUGGCAAGACCGGCCCCGGCGCCACGGAGGAGGACAGCUGCGGGAUGAUGACCUGAUGGGCUGGAUGCCCGGUGUGUGGAGGAGGCCGAGGCGGGAGGUGCAGUAUGAAGGAGUGGAGGAGGGCGGCAUGGGCGGCAGCAGCACGCCAGAGAAGCCAGUGGGGCCUGUCAAUGCAGGUAUGCAGGUGGUCAGGGAGGGCGACAAAUGGACUGGGGAAGCAGAGAGGUGUGGGUGUGUCUUGCUGCGAUUGUGGUCAGUCAAGUUGACGUCGGCAACGAGGCACUUGUCGUUCCACAGCCCGCGCAGUGGCGUGCGCAGGGAGGUGAGUGGCCGACAGACACAUCGCACCACGUGGCCAUCUCUCGCUGCUUCGGUGGCUCACUCGCCCGUUCUCUCUGUGUGUGUACUGUCUGUCCACAGUCGUCAUGCGAGGUCGAGUUUGACGUCCACGUGUCGUCCAUCCUCAACAGCCGCAUGGGCAUCUCAUCCACCAGGACCAGCCCGACUCCCUCUCAACAACCCGCCGCCCCGCCACCCCUUAACCCCCACUCCCCCAUGCACACACCAUGGCCAGACGACGCCGACCUGAUUGACUUCGACCCAUCCAUAUUGCAGGGGGGCACCCUCGGCGGCAGCAGCAGCAACAAGAGCCCAGAAAGAGGGCCACCGUCGCCGGGUGAGGGGCAGUUCACCGCGAGGCUAGCAAGCUCACUGGAGGCGAUAUGGCGUGACGAGAGGGCUCGGUGCGGGAGGUUGGGUGUGCGAUUCCCCUUCACUCCCCCGCCAUCGCCCGGACGGACUCGGGAAGAGAGUCAUGACCUGGUGCCCGAUGACUACAGACAAAGGUACCCAAAAUGGCACCAGACAGAAUGAAUCAACACGGACGCCUGCAUAUGUGUGAUGUGUGUCGGGUCAGGUUGGCAGAUAUGGUCAAUGCGUGCGUGCAGCGGUCAUCAAGUGCGCCAUCCUCGCGUCAUCGUGGGGGGCGGGCAGACGAAGGUGGCGCGAGGAGGCUGAAUGAGCAGCUGGACGCCCUCGGUGGGUCGUCUCCUCACGAGUGGAAAGAUGAGCAGCUGCUGAGCCAGGACAUUCUAUCGCAGAUAAACACGGUAGGCGACCACUGAAAUUUGCUUGGGCUCCCGUACCUACCUGUGCAGUUUUGCCUCCAUCCAUGUGUGCAUGGCGUGUGUGUGCCUUCAGCUUGACAGGGCCAUCCUGGACGGUCUGAACCGGAUGGCGCAUCUGCAGCCCCCUCCCCCUCCCCCCCGUGUCCCACCGGCAUGUCAUGACGACAGAGACGACUUUCCCGAUGACGCCCUGCACGCUCCAUCCCUCAACGGCGAUGACCUACACAGAGAGGACCCCCUGACCCUCGAGGAAGAGGACGAGAUAAGGGCAGCCGAGGCAGCCGAGGCGCGCGCGAGAGGGGAUGGACCCGCGUCAAUCGCACCGACCGAGCCGACGAGCGAAUACGAUGACGAGGCAAUGGGGGAGAGAGCUGGCGGACAGCACGUGGCCCCUGCCGCCGCUGCUGCUGCUGCUGCUGCCGCUGCCGCUGGUGGUGGUGGGGUGGACAAAGGAGAAGGCCGGCUCUCUUGGGAAGGGAGCAUGUCAUUGGACGUCAUGGGAGAAGAAGAGUUGGAUCAGUGGGAGCGAGCAUUGCUCAUGGCGCAGCCCGAUGACCCCCUCCGCAUCCCUCUUUCCCUCGCUCUCCCAUGGUCGCCUCGCGCUCUCCCCCUCAACCCUGGCGACGCCGCUGACCUCCCUAACACCCCGCCCGACUUACCCCAACCGGCAGCCGGCGGUGCCAUGGCGCCAAUGGCAUCCGAGGCCCCUGCGCCAGCCUUCGCCUUCGACCGCGGCGAGCCGCCGUCGCCGACCAUUCCUGCGUCAGGGCCUGAAUCUGAUGAAGAAGUGGCAGCACCACCUCCAGCAGCUGCUGCGGCGGCGGCGGCAGCUGGUGGUGGUAGUGGUGGUGUGAAGCGGGAGCGGGCCAUGGGUGACGGUGAGGCUCAGCAGCCCUCCGAUUGCCGACGGACGAAGAGUGCCAGGCGGCAGGAGGGCGGGUCGAUGGCUAUGCCGCUUGUCAUUGCCAGCCAAGACAGCAUUCGCGGUGACGAUGAUGCGCGUCCGGGCGGUGAGGUCGAGCAUCAUGACCAGGGGGACGACAGCGACUGCAUCCUGGUUGAGAAUGGCGAGUCGCCACGCUACAACCCGCCCAUCGCCGACCAGCAGCAAGCUGACGACAUCACUCCGACAGUCCCGGACGACGCCAGUGACGACAACAGGCCCGUUGCCGAUCAGCCGGACCCUCGUUCCGUCAUUGUUCUGGACUCCCCUGCCACAGGGCAGCAAGGCUCUCCGGCUCCCCUGUUUGCCGCUGCCACCCCUCCUCACUUCAGCAAUCCUUAUGACAUCCCCAGGAGGCCCGAGCAUCAGCUGCUCGAGCGGCACCAGGAGAGGGCCAGGAGGGUCGCUCGGAUGGGCUGGUGCGGCGUGGUGGGCCAGCUCGGCAGAGGGCGGGCUGGCGGGAUGUACAGCUCGCGAUUCGUCUUCAAGAUGCCCUCACCGUCGGUGGAUGAGGCCAUCGACUCCUACCUGGCCAAGCACCCAGACCGAGCGGCCGUCCUGCGGCCAGGUGGCGUCGGCGCCCAUGUGGCCAGGAGAGGGAGGGGUUACAAGAAUGUGCAGAGGGUUGACAACAGGGGCAGGAUGGUCUUGGAAGAGGUCCCUGUUGACACGCCUGCUGCUGACGGCGUGCGGGCUCCCCAGAGAGGGACUGUCCCGCCGCUGCCGCCCUUCCCUGAUCUAGGCGGUGGGGGUGUGGAUGUGGGUAAUGUUGAGCGGCAGGGGGAUGAAGGCGAGGCUGCGCGAGACGGUGGUGGCGAUGGUGGCGUGAGGGGGUCGCAUGGGAGCUCCCCGUCCUUCCACCGAUCACAAAUGAAGUUCGGCUCACAGCAGGUAUACUCAUGUGGUGCGAUCUGACCAGAUGACUUGUCGCCCUCUCUGUGUGCGUUGGUGUCUGCCUCAGCUCAGCCCACCCACGCAGGGCAUGCAGGCAGCUCUGGCGCCCAAGCCAUUCGACCCUGGCAGCCAGAAGGUCUGUGUGACGGGGCCGGACGGCGCUCUCCCGCCCACAUACGGCACCCUCAUCUCCCUGGAGGUCCUCGCCGACUGCCAGGUGGGAGUCGCUGACACGCAACGGCCACCAUUAACCAUCAUGCCAUGUGGCUGUGCUGUCAUAUAUGUCAUAGGGCGACGCCCGUGCUGAGAGGUCCGACCCCAACAAGGACACCGUCCUCGCCGUGGCCUACACGAUCCGCGACGAGCGCGUAAGGGCCCAGUUCCAGCAGCAGGGAGCCACCUACCACGACGCACAAGGCGUCAUCUUCAUCGGCACGGCACCGCAGAAGGACGACACCUACACCCGACUCGCCCUGCCCUCGAGGAUCGACCUGGAGGCCGUCGACAACGAGCAGGAUCUCUUCAGAGCUGUCGUGGGGUUGUUCAAGAAGUUCGACCCCGCCAUCGUGAUGGCAUACGACAUCCACAGGGAGUCCCUCGGCUACCUCGCCAAGCGGGCCGAGGCCAUCGGUGUCGACCGGUUCGUCCAGAAGGUCUCGCGCACGCCACCGAGAGAGCACGACACCCGGCCGGCCCCCGCAGCCGCAGCCGCCGCUGCGGCAGCGUCGUCUUCAGCGGCGAAGGCCCCAGCAGAUGGUGGCGCGAGAAGGGCACAGGGGAGGGGCUUUGGAGAGCUCCACUGCACCGGGCGUGUGCUGCUGAACGCGUGGCGGAUUGUCGAGCACGAAGUCAAGCUGGUCAACUACGGUUUGGAGGCGGUGGCCAAGGAGCUGCGUGGCGUGACGGUGCCUCACUUCCCGCCAAGGACGCUGAGCGACUGGUGGGGGUGGCGGGGGAAUACUGGCGGGGCCCUUUAUCCAUACCGCGCCAAGGCGAUGCAACACGUCCUUAGGAAGUUAGUGAGCAUCUGGCACAGAGAGAGAGAGGGAGGGAGAGUGGAGAUGCAUUGGCUGAUUGAUGGAUGUAUGUGUCUUGUCGUGUGUGUGCAGGACCAAGCUGGCGUUGGAUCUCUUGGACGCGCUUGAUGUCUUCGAUCGCACCGGUGCGCUGGCCCGCCUUUACGGCCUGGACUUCAUUUCGUGCCACACGCGCGGGAGCCAGUUCAAGGUCGAGGCGAUGCUCAUCCGCGCGUCGCACCGCAUGGGCGUGCUGCUGGCGUCGCCCAGCAAGCAGGCGGUCCACGACCAGAAGGCGGGAGAGUGCUUCCCACUCACAAUGGUAAUGCUCAGCUGCAGGCACCAACCACCCCCCCCUCUCUCUCUCUGCGUGUGAUGAUGAUCAGGAGCCCAAGUCGGCUUUCUACUUCGACCCAGUGGUCGUGUUGGAUUUCCAGUCGCUGUAUCCGUCCAUCGUCAUCGCCUACAACAUCUGCUACUCCACCUGUCUGGGCAGCGUCGAGGUGGACCCCAUCGAGACGCCGAUCAAGCGGCUCGGCACACACGACGUGAGAGUGACGCCCGAGAUGAUUGCAGACAUCGUCAGGGCAUACAGACAGAGGCAGGGCGCCUCACAGCUAUCAGGUGAGGGUAGACAAGAGAGAGAGAGGCCCACACACACGGGGGGCGGGGGGGAGAUGUGAGAUGGCUUUGUGGGUGGGUCUUAAUUGUGCAGAUGUGGCUCGUCAGUCGGCGAUGGACCCUUCGCAUGAGGGCGUCCGCGUGCUGGCCAACGGCGGCAUGUACGUCAGCAAGAGGGUCCGCCAGGGCAUCCUGGCGCAGCUCCUAAACGAAAUCCUCCAGACACGCAUCAUGGUAAUCCACCUGACGAAGACCAGCCACCUAACGAACACCAGCCACACGCCAGCCCCCCAGUCACAUGCCUUUGGUGGGCUUUGUUCUGUCUUGUCUGUCUGUGUGUGGGUGUGCAGCUGAAGCGCAGCAUCAAGAAGCACGCCCGCUCUGUGGACGAGUCCGUGUUGCGUAACCUCAACCACCUCCAAUACGGCCUCAAGAUGAUAGCCAACGUCACAUACGGAUACACAGGUGGGUAUGCGCACACCCACCAGCAAGGAAUGGACCGACACACCCUCGUGGACAUGUCUGUGCUGCAGGUGCGUCCUUCACUGGCCGCAUGCCGUGUGUGGACGUGGCCGACAGCAUCGUCCAGACGGCACGGAGGACCCUCGAGCGCACUAUCCAUACCGUCAACAAACACCCCACGUGAGCGAGCAUCAGACACACGUCAAGCGCACAUGCACAUGGUGCCGUAGGUGGAAUGGCGAGGUUGUCUACGGCGACACCGACUCGAUCUUCGUGCUCUUGAAGGGCCGCUCGCUGCGGGAGGCCUUCGACAUAGGGAAGGACAUCUCCGUGACCAUCACGCGCCAAAACCCAAGGCCGAUGGAGCUGCAGCUGGAGAAGGUGUACCUGCCCUGCUGCCUCGUCACCAAGAAACGGUCGGUAGAUGGCAGACACCGGAAGGGACGCUGGGCGAGUCCACGCCAUAUAUCACAUCACAUCAUGUGUGUGUGGGUCCAGGUAUGUGGGUUACAAGUACACCAGCCCCGACGGCAUGCCCACAUUCGACGCCAAGGUGCCUGUGUGGAUGGAUGGAUGGAUGGAUGACUGUUUGUCGUGUGUCAAUUGUCAUGUGUCAGGGCAUUGAGACCAUCCGUCGCGACCAGGCCCCCUGCACGACCAAGGUGAUGGAGAAGGCUUUGCGCACCCUGUUUGAGACCAAGAACCUCAGUGCCGUGAAGGAAUACCUCUGCCGCCAGUGGCACAAGAUCUACAGCGGCAAGGUGCCCGUGAAGGACUUCAUCUUCUGCAGAGAAGUCAGACUUGGUCAGCCGUCAGUCAGUCCGUCAAAUGGACACGCACUCCACAGCAGAGAGACAACAGCAAAGACAGCAGCGAAGCCGACAGUGUGUCUGUCGUGUGUGUAUGUCUGUCUGUCAGGUUCGUAUGCCGCUGACCGCGGCGGCCCCUCCCACACGCUGCCCCCAGCUGCAGUGGUGGCCCAACAGGAGAUGGAGGACGACCCCACGGCCGAACCUGAGUAUCGCGAGAGGCAGGCAUACGUGUUCCGCCACGGCGAUCCCGGCGCCCGCCAGACUGACACCGCCGUCCCUCCAGACGGCGUCAUGGGCGGCUGGAAGCCUCACACACCCCUCCCCUCUGACAGCGCCCCACUCGCCAGUGGCUCAUCGUCAGCCCCGCCGACCUUCCGCAUCAACGCCAACCUCUACAUCAAGAACCAAAUCAUCUCGGCGCUCGACCGGCUGUUCCAUCUGCUGGGCGUGGGCAAGCACCCAGCCCUUGAUUGGUUCAACCAGAUGCCCAAGCCGGCCAAUGCACGGCUGGGCAGUGCCAGCCCCACUGGCGCAGGUGCGCCACCCGGUGCGGCAUUCGGCAGGGGACCAGGAGGGGCCAGGAAGGGCAAAGCGGGUGGCAACCGUCUGAUCACCGACUACUGCUCCAGCAAGCAGUGUGUGGUCUGCGGCAGUGACUGCAGCGCCCUCAGCGGAGAGGAUCGCGCCAGGCGGCACGCCUAUGCGGUGAUGAGGGAGGGCGGAUACAAUGCACAGCCGGUGGGAGAGAUCGAGGCCAUCGCAGCCAACCCGCCCCCCAUCUGUGUGUCGUGUGCUGAGAGCCCCGGUGCGUCAGUUGCUGAGCUGUUUCGACGGCUGGAGGUGAAAGAGUCGAGGCUGAGGGCCGCGGAGAACCUGUGCCUCCACUGCGCCG